UGGGUGUUCCAUCAAAUUAAGGAUUGUUUCUUUUUUCAACCCUUUAAAAUAAGGAGUCUAAAACUCUCUCACUCCACCGUUUUUGCUUGUUGCUGACGUUUCUCCAAAUUGCUCAACCCCAUGGAAUUGGAACUACCUUUAAAUUCAUCCUUUUCCCUUUUAAUUCUUCCAUAAUCACUCAAUUUCUGUUUCAUCCUUAGGCCAUUUCCGGUUUUGUCAGUUCAACAGAUAUGGCCGAUCAAAUUGAAUCUAAACAACCAACUCCUUUUGAGUUUGUGAUCUACGAAGGAGAUGCUGAUAAUAUGAGGACUGUUGUGGUGACACCUAAUGAAGCUAGCCCGUGGAUCGACCCCACAUCAAUGAAACUGAGGCAUCGAAUCGGAAGGGGUCUCUUUGGUGAUGUUUGGUUGGCGACCCAUCACAGGUCUGCUCAAGAUUACGAUGAAUAUCAUGAAGUGGCCAUAAAGAUGCUGAACUUAAUGAAGGAAGAUAGUGUGAAGGCCUUUUUGGACAAGUUUGCUGAUAUGCUUCCAAAGUUUCGUGCAAUGAAAGGUGUAUGUUGGCUACACGGGAUUUCAGUUAUAGACGGGAAGAUAAGCAUUGUCAUGAAAUUCUACGAGGGAUCAGUUGGGGACAAGAUGGCUCGUUCUAGAAGCGGGAAACUCUCAGUACCUGAUGUCUUGAGGUACGGAAUCAAUCUGGCUGAAGCAAUAUUGGAAUUGCACUCCCUUGAUAUUAUGGUCCUCAAUCUCAAACCUUCAAACUUCCUUCUUGACGAGACUGAUAAAGCAAUAUUAGGGGAUUUCGGAGUUUCAUAUCUUCUUCUGGGACUGCCGUUGUCAAACUCUGAUGCGUCGAUCACCGUAGGUAGCCCGAACUACAUGGCUCCUGAACAAUGGGAGCCAGAGGUAAGAGGUCCAAUAUCAUUUGAGAGUGAUUCAUGGGGUUAUGGCUGCAGUAUUUUGGAAAUGUUGACUGGGGAUCAACCUUGGUGUGGGAGAUCAGUUCAGCAAAUUUACCGCGCAGUAGUUCUUAAUCGAGAGAAACCACAGAUACCGAAUGGUCUUCCUUAUGAGAUCGAGAACGUCCUUUCUGGCUGCUUUGAAUUUGACUUCCGAAACCGUCCUCUAAUGACUGACAUCUUACAGGCACUCAAGAGCUCACACGAUGCUAUCGUGAAUGAAGAGACAACUUUUGUUUUAAAGAGUAAAUCAAACAUUGGCAAGCCGAACCAGCAUCAUUACACGGAGUGGUUUCUUUCCAAAGAUACUCUCCAGGAAGGCGACAUAGUGCGGUCUAGAAAGGCAGCCAAGUCCUCUAAAAUUGAGAACAUGCUAAUCCCAGAAGGGAAAGUUGUUGGCUUCGAAAGCGUCGAUGGUAAAGAUUACUCGGUCUUGGUGAAGGUCCAUGGAAUCCACGAUCCAUUGAGAGUUCGGACAUCAACCCUUGAGCGUGUCACACAUGGCUUUGCCGCUGGAGAUUGGGUGCGCCUGCGAGAAGAGCAAAAACAGCAUUCACCUGUCGGAAUCCUUCAUUCAAUAACCCGUGAUGGAUCUACGGCUGUUGGGUUCAUCGGGUUGGAAACACUAUGGAAAGGCAACCAUUCAGAGCUCCAAAUGGCAAAGCCUUUUCACGUGGGCCAAUUUGUGCAGCUUAAAGCCAAUGUUUUUAAUCCCCGAUUCGAUUGGCCUCGGAAGAGGGGAUUAUGGGCUACCGGAAAGAUUAAACACAUCCAUCCUAAUGGAUGCCUUACGGUUUUCUUCCCGGGAAGAUUACAGUUUGGUCAGAAACAAGAAGAGGUUUUUGCAGAUCCUGCUGAAGUAGAAGUGGUCUCUUUCAAUUCCUGUCCGGGGAUUCUGAAAAAGUAUCAACAUCUCGAGGAUAUUCACUGGGCCGUAAGACCUCUUCUUAUGGCUUUAGGUCUGUUUACCGCGAUGAAAAUGGGGCUUUUUGUGGGGAAAAAGAUUACCAAACCAAAAAUGAGAAGAGAGAAACACCAGGGCAGUGAUCAGACUACUGAUGGUGCUAGCAAAUCACAACACGGAUUCCCCGUUCUAUGGCCUCAGUAACCUCUCGAGAAGGUACUUCUCGUUCUCGUAGGCCGUCUACCAAGCCGCAAGCUCUGUCCAUAUCCAUUUUUAUCUUCUAGCAGUUGAACAUAUCCAACCUAAAAAGUUCUUGUUACAAGUACUCUACUAACUGUAUAGCUCCCUAAAAUCAUAUGCUUGUGUAUAAAUCGUUAAUCUAAACAAUUUCUUCCGUUUAUCUAGUAACAUGUAAAUAUUGUUUUGUA